AUGGCCCCCGCUCCGCCCCUCUCCACCUCCUUCUCGUCCGCCGACGUCCAGAGGCACCUGGAGGCUGGCCUCUGCUGGGUCCGCUGCGGUGCCCGUCUCUACGACCUGACCGGCUUCGUGCGGCAACACCCGGGUGGCGAGCAGCUGCUGCAGGCGCGGGCUGGCCAGGAUAUUAGCGCCGACCUGGACGGGCCGCCGCACCGGCACUCUGCCAAUGCGCGCCGGUGGCUGGAGCAGUACUACGUGGGCGAGCUGCGAGGGGACCCGCAGAUUGCCACAGAAAAUGGGGCCGUGACUUCUGCAGAGACUCAGAAGACAGACCCUGAGAUGGAACCAAGGUUGAAAGAGGUGGAUUGGGACAAGGACCUAGUGGACUGGCAGAAGCCCCUACUUUGGCAGGUGGGCCACUUGGGAGAGAAGUAUGAUGAGUGGGUGCAUCAGCCGGUCAUCAGACCCAUCCGCCUCUUUCACUCGGACUUCAUCGAGGCUCUCUCCAAGACUGUCUGGUACAGCGUUCCCCUCAUCUGGCUUCCCCUGGUGCUGUACCUCAGUUGGUCUUACUACCAAACUCUCGCCCAGAGCAAGGUUCGACUCUUCAUGUCCUUCACCACAGAUUACUCGGUGACAAUGUCGGAGUCCAUGUUCCCAGGCCUCUUCAUGUUGGGGAUGUUCCUUUGGAGCCUCAUCGAGUACCUCAUCCACCGCUUCCUGUUCCACAUGAAGCCUCCGAGCAACAGCUAUUACCUCAUCACACUGCAUUUCAUAAUGCACGGUCAGCACCACAAGGCUCCUUUCGAUGGCUCGCGCCUGGUCUUCCCGCCGGCGCCAGCAUCUAUGGUGAUCUUCUUCUUCUACGUGCUAGCUCGCCUCAUGCUGCCCGAGGCGGUGGGGGGCACUUUGUUCGCCGGGGGCCUCCUGGGUUACGUGCUCUACGACAUGAUGCACUACUACUUGCACUUCGGCUCACCACACAAGGGCUCCUUCCUGUACAACAUGAAGGCCCACCACGUCAAGCAUCACUUUACACAUCAGAAGUCAGGAUUUGGCAUCAGCACUAGAUUAUGGGAUUACUUUUUCCACACCCUCAUCCCGGAGGAAACCCACCUGAAGACACAGUGA